AUGGCCGCGUCCCUCCGCUCCAAGCUCGACCUCUCUCCCGAAGCGCAAGAAGAGCGCGUUCUUGGUGACAAAGCUGUCGGCGGUAUCGACAACGACGCUGACCAUCUCGCUAAUGUUCGUGGUGGAUUGAAGGCAGCCAUAAGCAACCCGAACACCUCGAAUAAGGCCAAGAGGGAAGCUGAGGAGAAGCUCGCGAUGCUCGAUGAGCGCAAGAAGGAGGGCAGCCCUACUGCCUGA